AUGGAAAAGAAAGCAACACACGAGGCUGCGAAUAACGUGUGUGUGAAUGUCGCCGCGACCGAUCCCCACGUCGGAGGGACGCGAGUUUUCGACGACAUACCCGACACAGCUGUUGCAGAAGAUGUAGUUCGCGAUAGCACCUCUGACAAUAAAGCCAUGCAAUUUGACAAGCCUCGAGCGCCGUUGGAUCUCGACAACAAACUCGGGACGGUGCCUGAGCGUGCCCAUGGCACGAUAAAGAUGGACGUUUCGCAACAAACGCCGACCCAGGUCAAUGCAGAUCGGGACUAUGCCGAGUUUUGUGAGCCGCUACCAUCGAGCCCGACGUACGACCGGACACAAAUCAAUACCAACGAUGAACCACGGACGCUGAAUCCCGAUGACACAGGCGCCGUUGACUUUGGAAGCCUCGGUGAAUUCGCGAGGCCGUCAUCACAAGUCUCUGAGGACGAGGGGUUUGAAAACACACGCGGCGAAUGGAGAAGACCCGACGAUACGUCGCAAUUGCGAGCAAACCACGCGUCGACGCCCUAUAAGCCACCAGAUCUUCCCCCAGAGACACCCGCGCUUCCCAAGAACCCAUUUGGAUCCAAGAACAAUAGUGCUGUGCCAUUUGGUGGCACCCAACUCUUUGGCCAGACACAGAUGCUUUCGUCUGCAGCCAAGAUAGCGAGCCCAACUUCCUCCCGACCUUCACCAAGCAUCUUUCUCAACUCUAUAUCUCCAAAUAUCAUGGAGGCGUCACCCUUGAAAAAUCGAGCUAACGUUUCAUCACCUACGGAUAUUCGAACGUCUAGCCCCACGAGACUACAUGAGGUGCCUGCGACUGUACUAAAGAAUAACACUCUGAGUAUAGUCGUGGAAGAAACGCCCGCGCCAUUGAGGUCUCAAAAGGAUGAACUGAUUCCCGAGUCGCCCACAUUCAAAACAGCACGACCGUCCGUGAGUCACCAGCCCAUGGCGCAUUAUGAGCCCAUGAAUGAAUCACAAGAGCGGAAGAAGGGCAGUAGGGAUGCCAGGAAUGCCCGCCCCGUAUUAGACAGUGACUUUGAUGAAGCAUUUCAAAAGCUGGAUCGGAAGAGACGCGUUGAAAGAAAGAGAGCACAGGCUGCUGCGGAAAUGGAUAAGGUUAGCUUCAUGCGGACACAACAGAGAUUGUCUGAUGAACAGCCUGGAAAAAAGCGCCGAAAGCUAGGCACAGAGGACACGGAUGCUCAAGGUGCGAAGAACGAGGGUCAAGGCCAGCCCCUUGUGAAAGACUCACAGAAAGCUAUUACACAAUCUGCGGAGCAGCCGUCCGAGGAGUCGACAAAAGCUACGCCUGGUGUGGCCGUUGAGUCAGUAGAUGCUCAGAAGGAACUCGCAGAUGCCCAACCUGCCCCGGAACUUUCAGAUGAGGAAAUGAUUCCGGCGACUAGUCCCGUACGCUCCUCAUCAGCUAUCUACCAACGGGACACCGCGCCAUCAGCGUCUGAACCAGAGUUGCCUGUGCUGAGAGGUAGUGGGACUGAACAGGGUCAGGAUGCCAUGGAUAGCUCUUCGCUGCCACCCAUACGACAAGUGUCACAGCGGACGUAUAGCAGACGGGGGCGUGGCACUCGAACGCGAUUAGUAGUAGUGUCGCCUGCGGAAGAGACGGAGCAAGAGCCAGUCGAACCCGCCAAAGAGCCCGUAGACAGAAUGGAAGGGUCAGAAGACACAGCCAAGAAGAAGAACAAUGCGCUACCGAGUUCAUACUCAGAGCCACCGGUACCCAUGGGCACAAGAUCUCGCCGAACCGAACAAAGAACCCGGACGCCACGCAGGUCGAUAAAUGUCGACCGCAACGUCCUCACAUCUUCCAGUCUGACUAACCUAUCAGGCACACCCGUACCAUCAUCCAAGACGACACCUGGAACGCAGGACUCACACUCUCCGGACCGCCGCGAGUCUGUUCAUCUGGUGUCCCCCGAAGAUAGUGUUCGGCCCUUGCGGCGACGUGCCCAGAACGGACUCAAAUCUGAAUCCCCACAGCCAAUGACCAAGGCUAUGAGACUGUCACGGCGAUCCUUGCGGCUGGAUUCGGAUUCCACAGAUGAGCUUUGCCAUUCACCGUCUGCUACGGCCCUCGACCGGAGCACACUCUCUAAAUCAGUGCGGUCGUUUAGGACAAGCCUUGCGUCAACAUCGCGUACUCGCCGGCUCUUUGAUGGGAUGGCGUUUGCACUGUCAUUCUCAGGAAGUCAGGCACAGAGGACGAAGUUGGAGACCAAAAUCUCGCAAGCUGGUGGCAUGAUUUUGCACGAGGGUUUCCAGGAAUUGUUUGAACAGUGGACAGUAGCCCACGCCAAUUCCAUUCAGGAAGACGGCUCACCGCCAUUGCGGCUCACCAAGGCCGGCCUGGAACAUGGCUUUGCAGCUGUUAUUGCAGACUCCCACUCUCGAAAGGCCAAGUACAUGCAAGCACUAGCCCUGGGCCUACCUUGUUUGGCGCCACAAUGGGCAACUGCCUGCCUGAAAAGAGGAGUGAUUGUAGACUGGGCGCCAUAUUUGCUAUGUGCCGGGGCUUCCCAAGUCCUCGGCAACGCCAUCCGGUCACGCAUCCUAGUGCCAUACUCGGCCCUGGAUGCCAUCCUGCCCGAUACAAUAGAAGCCCGAGACAAGCUCCUACAUGGGGAGAAGCUCCUGAUUGUUAUGGAUCAUAAGAAGUCGCGGAAAGAGACCAAGCAACAGUACCUCUUCCUGGCCCUGGCCUUGAGUCCAUCCGCAGUAUCACGCGUCACGACGGCUCAACUGGCAGGAGACGCGGUUCGCCACGCAGAACUCUCCGGGUCGCCAUUUGGAUGGAUAUACGUGGAUUCAUCGACGGCAACAGUGGAGGAGGUACUGGCCGCGGCGCAAGAGUCGGGUAAGAGGAGGAGAAAAGUGGCCAGCGAGCCGGUUGGACUGGGGAUGCGUGUGCUGACUGACGAGCUCAUGAUUCAGAGUCUGAUACUGGGAAGGAUGGUGGAGCUUGGUGAGAUGGACGAGUAG